AUGGCGGAAAACACGCAACAAUUCAACAUAAGAGGCGUGCCAAUGAGUCAAAAGGUUAAUGAGGUUACUUCUUCACCGCACUUAGAGCAUAAGAUUGGUAACAUGGAAAAGAUGAUGCAACAAAUGGCCGUAGUAAUCAUUCCUUCUUAUGAGGAAGAAGCUGAACAAGUGAAUGCUAUUUUCCCAGAUCAGCAACGAAAACGGUAUGAUCCUUAUUCCAAUACUUAUAAUCCAUGGAGAGAUGACCCCAAUUUCAGCUAUGCGAAUACGCAAGCAGUAGCUCCAGGGACGAUUUUUAAUCGCCUUAGUGGUUUCCAACAACAACCACAACCAGCGCAGAACUCAGAAUCAUCAGAGAUGCUUGCUAUGAUGAAGAAUCUAACCAUGAUGACGCAGAAUAGUGGGAAACUCCAUUCUCAACCUAUUAAUCCUAGAGAAACUGUUAAUGUUGUGACAUUGAGAAGUAGUACACGAACUGUGCAACCGGAAGAUGCUGAGAAAAGCAAAGACCCUAAGGGCCCGGUUUUGGAGAAAGAGAUUACUAACUCUUCCCAAACCGAUGAGGUACCUAAGACGAACUCUAAACCUCUUGUUUCUACUUAUAUUCCUCCUUUACCGUUUCCUGGCAGGUUUGCUAACAAAAAGGUGGAACAAGACAAAGAGAUUUUAGAUGUACUCAAGAAGAUUCAUGUUAAUAUUCCGUUGAUAGAUGCAAUUAGGAAAGUUCCUAAAUAUGCAAGGGUUUUGAAAGACUUAUGCACCAGGAAGAAACGAUUAACCGAAAAUGAGGUGAUGAGUGUGGGGGAAAACAUUUCUGCUAUCCUCGAAAAGGAACUCCCACCUAAAUGCAAGGAUCCUGGUAGUUUCAAUAUACCUGUUGUGAUUGGUAAUAAAAGGUUUGAAAAAGCUAUGCUUGAUUUAGGAGCAUCGGUUAAUGUUAAUCCUGCAUCUAUUUAUGAAUCUUUGAAUUUGGGUUCUUUGAAAGAAACCCGUAUUGUUCUUGAACUAGCUGAUCGUUUUAAUGUUUACCCUAGAGGUAUUAUUGAAGAUGUGCUUGUGCAGGUGAAUCAACUAGUAUUUCUAGCUGAUUUCUGUGUGUUGGAAAUGGAUAGCGGGUCUGAUGCAUCUAUACCGCUGCUAUUAAGGAGGCUUUUCAUGAAAACGGCCAAAACCGUUAUUGAUGUUGACAAAGGAACGCUCGCUAUGAAAUUUGAUGAUGAAAAUAUUCGCUUCAAUAUUUUUGGAGCAAUGCGUUAUCCUAGCGAUGUUCAUUCGGAUGUUCAUGCUAAUGUCGUAGACGCAAGCUAA